AGCUGCACUGCGCUCUGCUGGACGGCAGCUGAAUCGUUCAUCACGACGACAUAUUUUUUUAUCAUAUUGAAAUAAGGAGUGCUUUUAGAGCAUUUCGACCCCCACUCAUUAUGAUCGCAGCUCCGUGUUUCGCGUGAACAACCCAUUCGCCGUUUUCAUUGGUGCCUUGUGGAAGCUGGGAUGGGCACAAUUCUACAGGAGCGAGUGUCACAACAAUGCCUGGAGAGGGCUUCAUCCAUCAGGGACAGGGACUGGAAGAGGAAGGCGUCGUGGACCAACAACAGGCCGAAUGUGGCCAGCAACAAAAUGGGCAGGCGGCAGUCACAAAGGAAGUCACUGCAGCCGCAGUACGCGCUCCCAAGUCAGGAAAAUAAUAACGAGAAGAGGCUGCAGCAAAGAAGAAGGCAGAAACCUAACAUACCCUUGACCAAACGUAUCACUUCUCUACACAGUGCUCAGGGAACCUCAGACUCAAAGUCCCAUCCGGACAGGAUGGAGCCAAAGGUGCAGCCAGCUGCUCAGCACAGCAGCCACAGGGAACACAAGCACACAGGUGUUAGAGGGAGCAGACACACUUCAGCCUUUCCCUGCCACCGCCUGUCUGAUUCAAGUCCUGAUCUGCGGCAGAGACUGUCACCAAACCCAGAGGUGGGAAGUCUGUGUGGCCAAGGAGAGAGCAACAGUGACACUGACUUGUCUGAGUCUGAGAGACUUCCUGUGUCACUGUCUGGUCGGGUUCCUCCACAGCUCCAGCUGAGACCGGAGGUCAUCAAGGCUGAGAACUGCUCCUCUCGUAGCCACCGGCCCAGAGGACACGGCCAAGGUAGUUUUGACUUCCCAGACUUCCUCCCUCCACCUUUUAACUCCUGGAGCCUCAGUCAGCUGGCUGUCUUCUACAACAUGGAGGGCCGUGGGGCCUCUCGGCCCAGGCCAGUGGGCCCUUUGGAAAGGUACCUUGAGAGGCUGUUGCAGCUGGAGUGGCACCAGAUUCAGACAGUCCAGGAGGAGGGUGGGAAGUCGGCGGUGUCAGAUGUUAUUUCCAGCUGCCACGUGUCACCUGCUGCUGCCUCAUCACGCCUCAGCUCUCCGAAGUGCAUCCUCCAGUGUCAACGUGCCUUCCCCCUCACGUUCCUCUCCUCUCUGGCCAGUCACUCUGCCCUGCUCUCCAGCUGUGCCUGCACUCUCUGCUGUAUCCGCUACUCCACCUGUAGCACAUCGUGCUGCCGCUCCACCUACAACCACAGCCGUCAGUCCAGACUGAGUCCCAUGCUGGAUUGCAAGAGGCCCACGUCGCUCCCCAAAAGGAGCUACAGUGAGAGCCGGGUGCACUCCUCAGACAGGAGCUCUGCAUCCCAAGCUCAGAGGUUCAGCAGCCCUGUGAGGACCAACAGCCACCUGAGGAGAAUGCAAGCCUCAGGCAACAUCCGCAACCCUGUUCAAGAGCCAAGACGCAAGGAAGAGACGCAAGUGAGGGAAACAUGGAUGCGAAAUCAGGUAUUGGGAUGAACCCCAGGACUAGUGAGGGACAGGUGGACACAUGGGGAGUAAACCUAAAAAAUAAAAUAGGAAACAGAGUAAACAUGAAUGAAUACAUGAAACAAGGAAAAAGAAACAGAAACCACCUAAAAAAAGGUCCAAAGAUACAGCAGUAUUCUAGAAAAUCUGCCUGUGGUCUGUACCAUCUGGUGUGGUUUGUAUUGUGUGUCUCUGUGUUUGUUUCUUCAGUAUAGGAGGUUUGGCACUCAAGUUUAGAGGAAACUCCAGAUUUGUCAUCAAAGCAAAUUGCUAUUCCCAUGUUGUGGGGGGUGAAACACAGUCCAGAACUAAUCCAGAAAGGUGAUGAUGUUGUGGAUCUACCAUGGCUGUCCACAAGAUCCACACUUUUUCCUACAAUAGCGACUGUAGUGCAGGAUGCAAAGGAGUUUGGAUCUUGCUUACACCCUUUUCCUCUACUGGCUCCUCACAUUCAACCUUCACACUUUCAUGCCCACAUAGAAAUUAGGGGUAGCCCUGCCUUUUCUUUGUUAAAUUUUAUUUUAUGUUUUAGUUAGUUUAAGCUGAAAGACACUUGUUUUGGUUAAUCAGUGUCUGUUGGUGAGUCUGUGCCUGUUGGGAAUUAUGGGCUCUGAUUGUUAAUGACGUAUGAGGGCCUAAAAAGUGACACAAGAGAAAAAACUAAAUGAGAUUUCAAUGAAUAGAAUCUCAAAUUACCCCCACUCAUAUAUGAAAACUGUUGAAUCAGUUAAUCUUUGUUUUAGACUAUUUUAACUUUCCUUUUAUAUUGAAUUGCCUUGUUUGUUUUAUGUUUACUAUGUCAACUGUCAUGUUAAGCACUCAGUGCUUAUAAUGCCCUUGUUGUAAAGACCUUUGUGCUGCAUUUCUCCUUUGAAAGGUGCUAUGUAUUUAUU